GAGAGAUCAGUGCCAAUUGUGAGCUGAGAUGUGGCGGACGCGUUCGGUUUGGCUGUUGCUGUUGUGCGCGACGGGCGCUGCGGCUGUCUGCGAUUUGCGCAUCGGGGAGCCGAAGCCGAUCGUGGUGAAGAAGUUCGGCAGCAAGACGGCCGUGGUGAAGCGCUCAUUGACAGACAUCCAGCUGUCGCCGAACGAGUCAAUCACCUUCCACUGCCCCACUGGUAUCAGCGUGUCGCAGAGCAGCGGCCAGCCGGUCAAGAUCAAUGCGGAUACGGCGGAGCUGCUGUGCACGAAUGAUGGCAUCUAUUUGGACGAACGUCAGAUCAUACAGCAUCGCAGCAGCGCCACAGUCUACUGCAGCGGCGGCUUCACCCAGACCCUGUACGAAAGCAAUCGCCAGCUGCGCGGCUGCCCGGCCGCCGACGCAAUGACGCUGAUCAUCGGCUACAAGCUGAACGGACUGCCGGACGUGAAGCAGCUGGGCAUCUGCUAUGAUCUGGGCACCUCACGGCCGCGCUUCGUCAGCUACCUGGCGUACGCGCCGCGCAACGCGCUGCUCGAGCGGCAGACGGGCCAGGAGCUGGACCGUCUCAAGCUGGACACCUAUCUGGGCAGCUUGAGCAAAUACUUUCGGUUUCCCACCAACUCGGAUUUCCAGCAGAUGGUCGGCAAUCAGAAGCAGCUGGGCCAACUCUACGAUGGCAAACUGUUCGAGUACGGCAGCCUGCUGCAGGAGCCGCAGCUGAGCAAAGAGCUGAGCAGCUACGCCGAUAUGCUGAGCAUUGUCUGGCUGCGUGCGCUGCGCACGGGCAAUUGGCAGCACUGGCUGGACGCUUUGCGCAGCGCCAAUGGCUACACUGACGCCGCUGCUGCUGCUGCUCCUGCUCCUGGUGCGGGGACCUCCUGCAGCAGACAGUUUGAUGUGCGCCUGGGCGUUUCGGGCGUGGCAACGCUGCCCAUUGCCGAAAGCUGCAAUGCCAGUCGCUCGCUGCUGCUGCUGGACAGCGCUGGCAAUGGCAUGCCUGUGCCGGCGCACAUCUGGGCCCAUGUUCGAGCGCUGCACCCAACGGGAACUACUGCCGAUGAGUUUGUUGUUGUCGCACACAAUUCACCAUACUACUCUGUAGCGGAGCUCGGCUCGUUCUGUGCGGACAUUUGUGCUGAGAUACCCUGGCUGCGGGAGAGCCUCUUUGGGCAGCUGCAUUUGGUGCCUCAGUACGGCGUCGUCAAUUGCUGUCGCAUGGAUCAGCUGCAAAAGCUAGUUGACUUUUCGUCUCCAGCGGCAGCGGCAGCGGCAGCAACGCCGACAGCAGCGACGCCGCCGAUACCGACGUUGAAGCCUUGAAUAUAAA